AUGGGUUCCAUCGAAGACUCCCCCCCUAUCGCCUUCAACUACUUCCCCCAACAACAACAAACCUUCAAACCCCCCCUCAUUGCCAACGACAACGCCUUCCUCGGCGACAUCGCGACGAGCGAGAAGAACGACCCGAAAGCGCCCGUCAGCUGCGGCAUCUACAGGCUCGAGAAGGGCACGCCGCUGGUAUACGAAUACACGUACCACGAAAUGAAGAUCAUCCUGGAAGGCAGCUUCGACAUCUCCGACGAGACGGGGAAAAGCGUGCACGCGACCAAGGGGGAUGUGUUUUACUUCCCCAAGGGGUCGAAGAUUACGUUCAAGACGGAUGAUUAUGGGUUGGCGUUUUACACGGGCCAGCGGAAGGAAGGGGCGGCGUAG